CUGCCACCGCCGCCCCCUCUUUCCGGCCGGUGCCGCUCCGCACGGUCACUGGGAGCCGCGUGUCCUGUUGUAGGUUCGAGAAAUGCCGGCUCGACUCAGCCCUCAGCCCGAGGACCCGGAGCCCACGAUGGAAGCCGAGUCUGUCAGCAGGAAAUCACACAAGAAAAGCAAGAAAGAGAAGAGGAAACAUUCCGAGAAAAGCGAGCACAAAAAGGCCAAGAACCGGGAGAAUGGCGAGUUCGACGAAGGAGAAAGUGAACUUAAGCCUCCGAAAGCAAAGAAGCACAAGAGCGAGGAUCAUGAGGACAGGGAUGCCAGUAGGAGCCGAAAGUCUGAGAAAAAUGGGGUGGUGAGAGAAUCCAAGCAGGAAACGGCCCCGCGCUCCAGCGAUGAUUCCAGUCAGUAUUCCGAGGGGGAGAUCGAGGAGGAACUGACUCCAGAACAGAAAGAAGGAGCCUUUUCAAACUUCAGGAUUUCUCAAGAAACGAUUGAACUACUAAAGGAACGGGGAGUGACCUACUUGUUUCCAAUACAAGCACGGACAUUCAACUACAUCUAUGAUGGGGAUGACUGUGUGGCUCAGGCCAGGACUGGCACUGGCAAAACUUUCUCCUUUGCAAUUCCUUUGGUGGAAAAGCUGCAGUCAGAGGCUGUUGACCGGAGGAGAAAUCGUCCUCCCAAGGUCCUUGUGCUCACUCCAACAAGGGAACUGGCAAUCCAAGUCGCGAAAGACUUCAAGGAUGUAACCAAGAAGCUCAGCGUCUCUUGUUUUUAUGGUGGAACAGCAUACGCUGGGCAAAUGGACAGCAUUCGGAAUGGCAUUGAUAUUUUGGUGGGGACGCCUGGAAGGAUCAGGGACCAUCUACAGAACAUGAAAAUCGACCUGUCUAAACUGAAGCAUGUGGUCCUGGAUGAAGUGGACCAAAUGUUGGACAUGGGCUUUGCUGAACAGGUGGAAGACAUUCUGAAAGUUGCAUACAAAAAAGAUUCCAAAGACAAUCCUCAAACACUCCUCUUCUCUGCAACUUGCCCUGCCUGGGUUUAUCAAGUCGCAAAGAAAUACAUGAGAGCACAGUGCAAACAGGUUGAUCUCAUUGGAAAACGGACUCAGAGAGCUGCUACAACUGUUGAGCAUUUGGCCAUAGCAUGUCACUGGACACAGCGAGCGGCAGUCAUUGGUGAUGUAAUCCAGGUUUACAGUGGCAGUCAUGGGCGGACUAUUAUCUUCUGUGAAACAAAGAAGGAAGUAAAUGAGCUGGUGAUGAACAACUCAAUAAAACAGGAUGCUCAGUGUCUUCAUGGGGACAUUCCACAGAAGCAGAGAGAGAUCACCUUGAAGGGUUUCCGGGAUGGCUCUUUUGAGGUCCUGGUUGCAACUGAUGUGGCUGCUCGUGGCUUGGACAUUCCAGAGGUAGACCUAGUAAUACAGGGUUGCCCACCAAAGGAUGUGGAUUCCUACAUUCACCGUUCUGGUCGAACGGGCAGAGCUGGGCGCACAGGGAUUUGCAUCUGUUUUUAUCAGAAAAUGGAGGAGGGCCAUCUGAGAUUUUUGGAACACAAAGCUGGGUUGACAUUCAAACGUGUUGGAGUUCCAACAGCCGCAGACGUUGUUGAAGCUUCCUGCAAGGACGCUAUCCGGUCUUUGGAUUCCAUCCCAGCAGCAGCCAUUGAGCAUUUCCGUCCAGCAGCUGAAAGCCUGAUUGAGCAGCGAGGAGCAUUGCAAGCUUUGGCUGCUGCUUUGGCACACAUCUCAGGAGCAAGGAGCAUAGAGCAGCGUUCUCUCCUGAACUCUGAUGCAGGAUAUACAACAAUGGUAUUGGCCUGUUCAAUAGAAGUACACAGUUUGAGCUACGCAGUGAGAGGGCUGAAGGAACAACUCGGAGAGAAUGUGGAAAACAAAGUGAAAAGGAUGCAGUUCCUAAAGGGUAAAAUGGGUGUUUGUUUCGAUAUUCCUGAAGACUGUCUGGAAGCCUUGAAGGGAAGCUGGCAGGACACUCGGCGCUGGCAGCUCACCGUAGCAACCAAGUUACCAGAGCUGGAGGAGGACAGACAUGAUGGAGGGUCCAGAUACAGAAAUCGCUCCUUCAACAGAGGAGGAGGGAGAGGAUUCAGCAGGAAUCAGAAUGGCAGAAGCAUGAAGAGAAAUUUCAACCGAGCCUUCAACUGGUAGUGGGGCAUGACCAGGCACCUGCCACACCUCAGAUGAGGAUACUUUUACAUAACUCACCUGACUGUCCAGUUACUGAUUUACAGGCUGCCCAGGCCGUGCGUGACAGUUUUAUAUAUUUAUCACGCAGCAAUUUUGAAUGCAGAGGAUGUUGGCUGGUAUUAAUUGGGCAACAGCGAGGUGUUGGAAUCAAGAGAUCAUUUACUUGGAUGGAUGGUUACAGAGAAAUUAAAAAGUAUUCCUUUA